GUCUUUAGGAGAUUCAGUUUUAGAGGUGUGUGGAGACUGUUACCACUUACCUUAGAAUAUUCGAACUAGACACCAGGGCCCGGUUCUCUCUUCAGGUUAGUUCAAGAUGGCAGACCAGAGGCAACGUUCGCUCUCUACCUCUGGAGAAUCGUUAUACCACGUGCUGGGGUUGGACAAGAAUGCCACUUCGGAUGAUAUCAAAAAGUCAUACAGGAAACUUGCAUUGAAAUAUCAUCCUGAUAAAAACCCUGAUAAUCCAGAGGCAGCAGAAAAAUUUAAAGAGAUCAAUAAUGCACACGCAAUAUUGACGGAUGCCACAAAGCGAAACAUUUAUGAUAAGUAUGGUUCUCUGGGUCUGUAUGUAGCAGAACAGUUUGGUGAAGAAAAUGUGAACACAUACUUCGUGCUAUCCAGUUGGUGGGCAAAGGCCUUGUUUGUGUUCUGUGGGCUCAUCACAGGCUGCUAUUGCUGUUGCUGUCUGUGCUGCUGCUGUAAUUGUUGCUGUGGGAAGUGUAAACCUAAACCUCCUGAAGGUGAAGAGCAGGAAUACUACGUCUCUCCAGAGGACUUGGAGGCACAGUUGCAGUCAGAUGAAAGGGAGGCCUCAGACGCACCUAUUGUGAUACAGCCAGCAUCAGCCACAGAGACGACCCAGCUCACAGCUGACUCUCACCCCAGCUACCACACUGAUGGAUUUAAUUAAGUUAAGGAAACACUGUAAUUAGAAUGGAUAAAAAAAAUACAUGGCCAACUCAACACUAGAAUCAUGAACAUUAGAAGUAGGGAAUGGGGAGGGGGAAUAAUUCUGCCACAGCAAGAAGGCAGCUUUCCAACCUGCCGAAAAUAUUUUGUAAUCCCGUCAGCCUUUUGUCACCUUUCAGUGUCGUAUCUUGAUGAUACAUGAAGUGCUGUAGCAUGCAGUAUUUAAAGCAGUUUAGCUACGGUCUUAUUUGUUUCCUUUCUUUUUUUUUUUUCUUGUUUUUUUUUUUUAUAGCAUGUAUGGAGUUACGUUAAAUGUCUGUGGUGUAAUGUAUUGAGUUGUCACAAUAUAAGUAUGAUGGAGACAUUCUGCAUUUUAAGUGGUGGUACUGGCCUAAAAAUGAGAUUUAAAAAGAAAAAGCUUCACAGAAGCCACCAUUCUUCCAUACAGCUGAGCUGUCGAAGACCUUUAAAAGUUCAUGAUUUUCAUUUGAGUGCAACAAACCACUUCUUUUAUUCCUCCUUCUAUUCCUGCGUUGUUAUCUAAGCAAGUUUACAAAGCCAAGAACCAAAAAACGCCAGUCCUGCAGAGCUGGAAUUCUCUUUAAUGCUGGUUUUCAGCUUAAAUAAAUCUACCUUG